AUGUUUCAGAAUCCAGAGACGCUUGUCAGUCUACAGUUGUCAAUACUUGGUAGGUAUUCUGUAUUCGCAUUCACUGUGUACAGUGUAUUCAAUAUUGUAGUUUUAAGUUACUCAUGUUAAUUGUCAAAGAAGAGAUUGAAAUUUUGGUUUGAGUUCUAUCAAUUUUUAACCAAAUCUGUUUAACCAAGUUUUUGCGAUGCCGAUGAUCAAAUUGCAAAGUUCGGAUGGUGAGGUGUUCCAAGUAGAUUUUGAGAUAGCCAAAGCUUCAGUAACUAUUAAGACUAUGGUAGAAGAUUUGGGUUUGGAAGAAGAAGAUGAAGAAAUAGUACCUUUACCGAACGUAAAUGCUGGUAUAUUAAAGAAAGUCAUUCAGUGGGCUACGUAUCACAAAGAUGAUCCACCACCAGCUGAAGAUGAUGAAGGCCGUGAAAAGCGUACUGAUGAUAUAUCCAGCUGGGAUGCUGACUUCCUUAAAGUUGACCAGGGUACACUUUUUGAACUCAUAUUAGCUGCUAAUUAUCUUGAUAUCAAAGGAUUAUUGGAUGUUACUUGUAAGACGGUCGCAAACAUGAUUAAAGGGAAAACGCCUGAAGAAAUCAGAAAAACAUUCAAUAUUAAAAAUGACUUUACACCAGCUGAAGAAGAUCAAGUUCGUAAAGAAAAUGAAUGGUGUGAAGAAAAGUAAAAUUAAAUUAUUCACACUUAUUUAUGUAAAUAUUAUAGUCUUAAUUUUUUUCAAACAAUAUUUAGUAUUUUAAGGUAUUUUUUAAAUUUAUAUAGUACAUGUUUCCAAAUAUAAACAAAUGCUUAUCAUUAAAAACUAGGUGUUAUGAAACAUAAUGUUUAUGCUUGUGAUCCCAAUUGUCAAACUUAAAAAGUGAUACAAUUUAGGAUACAACAUGAACAUGUACUUUUUUUAUUACUUUAUGAAUUUGUACCUUGUGUGUUACACAUCUUAAUAAACUAUAACAAGUUGGACUUAAA